UACGUCUUCUGGAAUCUCUUCAUAAACCCCCCCCCCAUCAAGAAAGAAAGCGGAGGUGAACCAACGAACGAAACCCGUCAUCAAAUUGGUCGCUCCUAGUUUGUGUUGUGCUUCCCGAUCUACCUCUAAUCUUCUCAUCCUCCGCAUUCCACCUGUGAACGGCGGGCAGAUCCAUGGCGGCGCUGGCGUCGAGGAUGGCGCAGCUGCAGUCCAGGGCGGCGUUGGCGCAGCUGCAGUCCAGGGCGGCCGAGGCGGCCAAGCACGGGGGCGCGCUGCGGUCCGAGGCGGCAAGCUUGGCGGCCAAGCACGGGGGCGCGCUGCGGUCCGAGGCGGCAAGCUUGGCGGCCAAGCACGGGGGCGCGCUGCAGUCCAAGGUGGCCGAGGCGGCCACCUUCGCGGCCAAGCACGGGGCCACGCUGCAGUCCAAGGCGUCCGAGGCGGCGAGCUUCGCGGCCAAGCACGGGAGCGCGAUGCAGUCCAGGGCGUCCGAGGCGGCGAGCAACGCGGCCAAGCGCGGGUGCGAGUACCACAGGACGCUCAUGGAGAGGAACAGGCAGUACGUCGUCGACCCGCCCACCGUCGAAAAGUGCCGGGAGCUCUCCAAGCAGCUCUUCUACACCCGCCUCGCCAGCAUUCCUGGCCGUUACGAGUCUUUCUGGAAAGAGGUUGAUGGUGUAAAGUUCUUUCUCAAAAACAGAAAGGACCUGAAGGUUGAGCAAGUAGGGGUUGCCGCAUUGUUUGGCAUCGAGUUGUAUGCAUGGCUUUGUGCCGGUGAGAUCAUUGGUAGUGGAUUUACCCUCACAGGUUACCAUGUCUGAUUGCUGACGCCUAGCAUGAGCGUACAUUAUUACUGUACAUUUGCCAUCUAGCUAUGAGCGUAUAUUAUUAGUCUACCUUUGCCAUCUCCCUUAGUCGAUAUUUUCUUGUCUCUUGAGGGGAAGAUUUCUAGUUUGUUUUUGUUAACUCUUACCAUGAGUAAAACUUGUCAUGACAUUUCCAAUAGAUUGGAAUACCCUGAGAAGGCUGUGUUUAUUAGUUCA